CAGCAUACGACGUGGCGCCCAUUGGGUUGUAAAUUUGCCAUAUUUUGAUUUUUUCAUAAUGGUCGUCAUCUCAUUGUCAUCGAUAGCGUUAGCGGCCGAAGAUCCCGUUCGUGAGAAUUCAAAACGAAAUAAAAUUUUAAAUUAUUUCGAUUAUGCAUUUACCGGCGUAUUCACAAUAGAAAUGUUACUGAAAAUUGUAGAUUUAGGUGUUAUACUACAUCCUGGCAGCUAUUUAAGAGAAUUCUGGAAUAUUAUGGAUGCUGUGGUCGUUAUAUGCGCUGCUGUUAGUUUCGGUUUCGAUAUGAGCGGUAGCAGUGCUGGACAAAAUUUAUCAACAAUCAAAUCGUUGCGUGUUCUGCGCGUCCUACGACCAUUAAAAACCAUUAAACGUGUUCCAAAAUUGAAAGCCGUCUUCGAUUGCGUAGUCAACUCAUUGAAAAAUGUUGUUAACAUUCUAAUCGUGUACAUAUUGUUUCAAUUUAUUUUUUCUGUAAUUGGUGUACAAUUAUUCAAUGGGAAAUUUUUUUAUUGUACGGACGAAAGUAAACAUACUUCCGAAGAGUGCCAGGGUUUUUACUUCAAAUUCGAAGACGACGAUUUACUUCCAAAACAAGAGGCACGAGUUUGGCGACCGCGGAGUUUUCACUACGAUAAUGUUGCUGCUGCUAUGUUAACACUUUUUGCUGUACAGACCGGCGAAGGAUGGCCUCAAGUUCUACAACACUCCAUGGCUGCCACAUAUGAAGAUAGGGGUCCAAUACAAAAUUUCCGGAUCGAAAUGUCCAUAUUUUAUAUUGUAUAUUUCAUUGUAUUUCCAUUCUUCUUCGUAAACAUAUUCGUUGCCUUGAUUAUCAUUACAUUUCAAGAGCAAGGCGAAGCCGAAUUGCAAGACGGUGAAAUUGAUAAGAAUCAGAAAUCUUGCAUAGACUUUACGAUAGGCGCACGUCCGCUCGAACGUUACAUGCCCAAAAAUCGCAACACUUUCAAGUACAAAGUGUGGCGAAUAGUGGUCUCAACGCCUUUCGAAUACUUCAUAAUGAUGCUUAUUGUGUUCAAUACUUUAUUACUAAUGAUGAAGUAUCAUAAUCAAGGUGAGAUGUAUGAAAAGUCACUAAAAUAUAUCAACAUGGGAUUUACGGGAAUGUUCAGUGUUGAAACCGUGCUGAAGAUAAUUGGAUUUGGUGUUAAGAAUUUCUUUAAAGAUCCGUGGAAUAUAUUUGAUUUGAUCACUGUACUGGGUAGUAUAGUGGAUGCACUUUGGAUGGAAUUCGGGCACGAUGCAACAGUCGCAACUGAUUCGAACUCAAUCAACGUUGGCUUCCUGCGUUUAUUUCGUGCGGCACGUUUGAUAAAAUUGCUCCGACAAGGAUACACAAUACGAAUCCUUCUAUGGACUUUCGUACAAUCAUUCAAAGCACUUCCGUAUGUCUGUUUGCUAAUAGCUAUGCUAUUUUUUAUUUAUGCCAUUAUCGGCAUGCAGGUAUUUGGAAAUAUCAAACUAGGUACAGUGGAAAAUUCUAUUACUAGGCACAACAACUUCCAAUCAUUUAUACAAGGCGUCAUGUUGCUCUUCAGAUGUGCAACGGGCGAGGCGUGGCCGAACAUUAUGCUGGCGUGCCUUAAGGGGAAACCAUGUGAUGAGGAAGCCGAGAAGGGCAAUGAAACAUGCGGCUCUACGCUGGCUUACGCGUAUUUUGUAUCUUUUAUAUUUUUUUGUUCAUUUUUAAUGUUGAAUUUAUUCGUUGCUGUUAUCAUGGAUAAUUUUGAUUAUUUAACAAGAGACUCCAGUAUUUUGGGUGCCCAUCAUUUGGACGAAUUUGUUCGGAUAUGGGCUGAAUAUGAUCCAAAUGCGACUGGUAGAAUACAUUAUACGGAAAUGUACGAUAUGCUUAAGAAUAUGGAUCCUCCACUGGGGUUCGGUAACAAAUGUCCCAAUCGCCUCGCCUACAAAAAAUUAAUACGUAUGAAUAUGCCACUUGAUGACGAACUGAGAGUACAAUUUACGACGACUUUGUUUGCAUUGAUUAGAGAAAAUUUAAGUAUUAAGAUGAGAUCGGCUGAAGAGAUGGAUCAGGCCGAUUCUGAGCUUAGGGAAACAAUAACAAAUAUUUGGCCGUUACAGGCCAAGAAAAUGUUAGAUUUACUAGUGCCACCCAUCGACCAACUGAAUAAGGGAAAAUUAUCUGUGGGAAAGAUAUAUGCAGGUUUUCUGAUAUUAGAAUCAUGGCGAAAUACACGUUUCGGUCAAGUCGAUUCAGGCAUGCCGAAACAAACAUUCUUCAACUGCCUGCUUGAUAUGGCCGCCAAAGGAGGAUCACGGCAAGGCUCUAUUAGUUAUGAGCCAAAUGGUGAUGGUGGUGCCAACUCACAAACGCAUUUAUUAACAAACUCAAAUCAUCAUCAGAACGGUGAUGCCGAACAUAAUAGUUUGGCAGCACUGGCACGCCGGAGUACGAUCAGAAAACGUUCAGUUAGAAACAAAAAGGUGAAUAAGUUUGAAAUACUUCAAGUGAUGUUGGAGCUGCAGGAUGCAUCGAGACAUCCAUCGCAGGAGUCCUUAACCGGUGCUGAUGCUGGCCAUUUACAUCCUGGACACGCGUAUCAGAAUGGACAUCGACGUUCGCCCAGUUUAAGACAUAACGGAUCUCCAUUGGCCAGAUCUCCAAGUCCUAGACGGCGAGGCCAUCAAUACAUACAUCAUGAUAUUGGGUUCUCCGAUACCGUAUCUAAUGUUGUAGAGAUGGUCAAGGAGACCCGUCAUCCUAGGCAUGGUUAUGGGCAUCCGCGUUAUCCAAGAGGUUCAUGGUCAGCAUCGACAAGUCCGGCCCGUUCGCCUUCGCCUUCUCGUUAUGGUCGCAGUAGGCGCACUCAACUGCCUUUUCCCACUUAUGGGACGACAAGUCUAUGUCAAAGAUCACGAUCGCCAAGUCCCGCUCGACUUCAGGAGAUGCGUGAACGAGAUAGACUUGGUUAUGGGAUUGAUAUGGGUGGCACGCAUGUGCAGCAUAGCUAUCCAACGUUAGCAUCUCGUCGUUCUGGAGUGGGUCGACGUCUACCACCGACACCAAGUAAACCAUCGACACUGCAGCUAAAGCCAACUAAUAUUAAUUUCCCUAAACUAAACGCUAGUCCAACGCAUCAGACACAUCACUCGACACCUCAUAGUGUUCACUCGCUGCCACACCACCGUGAUCUAUUGCGGGAUCCUAGGGAUAUGUAUUAUAGUAGCAGAGAACGUGACCGUGAUAGGGAACGGUAUAGAGACCGAAUGCGUGAUUAUGAUCUACGAUACGAAUAUCGAGAUCGUGAGCGUGAGAUGUAUGAAAGAGAACGUGAUCGUGAAAGAGAGUUAGAAAGAGAAAGACUGGAAUAUAUAGCACCAUUGUCCUUUGAACAAGCGCUUGCAAUGGGCAGAACGGGGCGUGUACUGCCUUCACCCGUUCUAAAUGGCUAUAAGCCAAAAGGUGGAUUACACGCACGCCACUCCGAUUCAGAUGAGGAAGAUUGGUGCUAGCAAAGGCUUUGAUUGCGAUCGCGUGAUCGAAGGGAACAGAUCUGGGUAUAGCAUCAGGCCAUUUUUUCAUCACGAUCCGCACCAGACUUAGAUCACAAUUUUGAUACAAUACCACUGCAACAACUAACAGCAACAUCCGAUACCGAAUUGCAAAGAUACAUAAAAGCAUAUCCGUUAAAAUCAACAAACAUAGAUAACAUUGCCGAAACUACUACAACUACAACUAUAGCAACUACAAAAAUUUAUUCCGAUCAUGAGAUAAACUAUAGAGAUUUUACAAAUUUACAACCAACCGAACAAAUUCAACUACCAGAACCAUUAGAUAUGGCACAACCAACUGAUACAUUGGUAUCACCAAAGGAACAACAUCUUUAUCAUACACUUUAAAUACUAGACUUACAUACAUAUAUAUAUAUAAUAAGAAUAUCGUAUAUAGGACUAUUAACUGUUGAAAAGAAUGAAAUUUAAUACUUGUUAAUGUAAAGAGAAAUGUGUUCAAAAAUUUUAGAAAUGACGGUAAAUCAAAUAAUGCAUAAACCAAUGAGGAAUUGAAGAACUGAAAUAUUGAAAUGAACGACAAAAAUAACU